CCGCUGGACGCAGGUACGUGACCGUAUGUAUUACGCUCUCCUUCGGUCGGGCGGCGAAGCCUCGGCAUAUCUGCACGUGAGGUCAGGUGACCCCAUCUGUCUCCCGAUGCUGCGCUAGUCCGGUUCUGGCAUCCCCCACCAAGGCGGACUCCACUUCGCAAUCGCGAUACAGAAUUAAUUCGGUGCGGUGCGCAUCGCCCUCCAUCGUCCAGAUGUCCUCGUCGUUCCUCAUCUGAUCAUACCCCCUGUCAGCUGGGGCUGGACUCACACCGACUCACCAUGGCGCAAGAGGACAACUUCGAUACGGGGGCCAUGUUCGAGGACCCCGAUGGCUUUUACGAGCCCGAGCCCGAGCCUAGCUUUGCAGACCAUCACAUGCUCUCCGGCCAGACAGUGCGCGUGCGUCUGGUCGGUAGCCAUCCUCUCUACGGCAACCUGCUCUGGAACGCCGGCCGAACCAGCUCCCACUACAUCGAAGAACGGGCCAGCACCCUGAUUGAGGGAAAGGAUGUCCUCGAAAUCGGUGCCGCUGCCGGUGUCCCCAGCAUUGUCAGCGCCAUCGUGGGCGCCCGCACUGUCGUGAUGACCGACUACCCGGACCCGGAUCUCGUCGAGAACAUGCGCCAUAAUGCCACCUCCUCGGCCUCCCAGAUCGCGAACCCUUCCUCCCUCCACGUUGACGGAUACAAAUGGGGCGAUUCGGUCGAGCCGCUGUUCGCGUGCCUCCCCGCUGGGGCGACGGGGUUUGAUGUGCUCAUCAUGGCGGACGUGGUAUACAGUCAUGCGCAGCACCCGAAUCUGAUCAAGACGAUGCGAGAGACGCUGAAGCGGAGCAAGGACUCCGUCGCGCUGGUGAUCUUCACCCCGUACGAGCCGUGGCUGUUGCCCAAGACGGAGAAAUUUUUCCCGCUGGCGGAGGAGAAUGGUUUCCAGGUCACGAAGAUCUUUGAGAAGCUGAUGGACGAUGUGUUGUUCGAGAAUGACCCGGGGGAUGAGCGGCUACGGAAGACGGUCUUUGGGUAUGAAAUCCGGUGGUCAGAGGAGGAAUUGAAUUAGUAUAUACUGGCGCUUGGAUGGCAAAAGACUUGACGAUGCAUUAUACCAUAAGGAUGAGGGGAAAUUAGAGCCGGAGUGGGGUUAGAUAAACCCGUUUUGUUUCCAAGUUCAACAGCAGAAAAGGAUUUCAGAAUUACCUUAAACAGACAAGAU